UAGUUUACUAUAAUUUAAUGUUGUUACUAUUAGUGUACAAGUGUAUUGCCGACUGAAAUAGAUCUAUUUUGAAAUAUCUAUGAGCAACAACCGUAAUAUGACUUGUGUUUGAAAAACAACAAAGUUGUAGUGUACUUAACUAAUUAGUUAAUAGAUAACCCAAGUGCUUAAUAAUGUUUAAGAAUUUUAUAUGAAAUAUUUAAUUAUAUAUAAACGGUUGGAUGUUAAUCAAGUUGUCAACUAAAUUAAGCAAACUGCAACGGACACGCAUACAAAUACAGGAGAAUAAUCACAGCCUGCAGUGGCAUCGGCAGCGGCAGCGACGAAGGCAGCAGCAGCGUUUGUAUGUCCAUAGCAUGCAAUUUUUAUGUAAUUGAAAAGCAAUUUACAGCACUCGUCGCUAAACCAACAUCCACAUACGCCUGUGCAGCGACCAAUUAGUGAAGAAGCCAUCCUAAAUUAUACUGCGCCGACAUGAAGUUCGCUGAGCAUCUGUCGGCUCAUAUAACGCCCGAGUGGCGCAAGCAGUACAUUAAUUAUGAGGAAAUGAAAGCCAUGCUCUAUCAGGCUGGUGAAGAAGCUCCGUCUGUCGAAAGUGUUGAGGAUGAGGUUCUUAAGCGUCAUUUUGCCAAUUUCGAUGAGAAUUUCUUUCACUACUGUGACAAAGAACUUAAAAAAAUUAACACAUUCUACUCGGAAAAACUGGCUGAGGCCACGCGCAAGUUUGCCAAUCUCAAUGCCGAGCUUAAGACCUGCAUUGAGGAGUCGGAGCGUAGUGCCAAGAAAUCCAAGGGCCACAAACAACAUCCGGCUUUGCCCGAUCGUAAAGCCCGCGAACUCAAAUUGGCAUUUAGUGAGUUCUACUUGAGUUUAAUAUUGUUGCAGAACUAUCAGAAUUUGAAUCAUACUGGCUUCCGCAAAAUACUCAAGAAGCACGACAAGUUGCUGCGCGUGGACACCGGUGCCAAAUGGCGUCAGGAGUACGUGGAGUCAUCGCAUUUCUUCAUCAACAAGGACAUUGACAACAUAAUCAAUGAGACGGAGACAACGGUUACCGGCGAGUUGGAGGGUGGCGAUCGUCAGCGCGCCAUGAAAAGAUUGCGUGUUCCGCCUUUGGGUGAGCAACAGAGUCCUUGGACCACAUUCAAGGUGGGACUCUUCUCGGGAAGCUUUAUCGUGCUGGGCAUUGUGGUCGUAUUGUCGGCCAUAUUCCACGACAUAACCGGCGAUAACUUAAAGGUUACCUUUCGCCUAUAUCGAGGUCCACUGCUGAUCAUUGAGUUUAUCUUCUUAAUUGGCGUCAAUAUCUACGGUUGGCGCUCGUCGGGUGUAAAUCAUGUGCUAAUUUUUGAGCUGGAUCCACGUAAUCAUUUGUCGGAGCAGCAUUUGAUGGAAUUGGCGGCAAUAUUUGGAGUGGUUUGGACGCUGAGCAUGUUGAGUUUCCUAUAUAGUGCCAGCUUAAGCAUACCUGCUUUCAUAAAUCCAUUGACGCUGACAUUAAUAAUGGUGGCCUUUCUGGUCAAUCCAUUUCAUGUGCUGCAUCACGAUGCACGCUUCUGGCUGUUGCGCAUCACCGGGCGCUGCGUAUCGGCCCCAUUCUUUCACGUCGGCUUUGCGGAUUUCUGGCUGGGCGAUCAGCUUAAUUCGCUGGCCACGGCCAUUUUGGACUUUGAGUACUUAAUUUGUUUCUACUUUACCAACGGAAAUUGGUCGGAAGCCACAGAUGCGUCGAUAUGCAUGGAGAAGGACUUCAUUAUAAGGCCCAUUGUAAAUUGCCUGCCUGCCUGGUUCCGUUUUGCGCAGUGUUUGCGACGUUACCGCGAUACACGCGAGGCUUUUCCACAUCUGGUGAACGCUGGAAAGUAUUCGACUACAUUCAUGGUGGUUAUAUUUGCGACUCUGCGAAGUUUUAACAGUCACAACUAUUCCAGUACCUUCGAUAAUCCUUACACCUGGCUAUGGAUCGUGUCGGCUAUCGUCUCCUCCUGCUACUCUUACACAUGGGAUAUUAAAAUGGAUUGGGGUCUAUUCGAUAAGAAUGCGGGCGAGAAUACAUUUUUGCGCGAGGAGGUGGUCUACUCAUCCACAGGCUUUUAUUACUUUGCCAUAAUUGAGGAUUUGGCAUUACGCUUCAUUUGGGCGCUCUCAUUCUAUCUGACAGAAAUGAAAAUUGUCAGCGGCGAUAUUAUGACCUCCAUAACUGGUAUAUUGGAAGUUUUUCGCCGUUUCGUAUGGAACUUUUUCCGCUUGGAGAACGAGCACUUGAAUAAUUGCGGCAAGUUCAGAGCUGUGAGAGAUAUUUCCAUAGCGCCAUUGGACUCAUCUGAUCAGACAUUGAUAUUGCGUAUGAUGGAUGAAGCGGACGGUGUAAUCAAUCGCUAUACAAAAACUAAUCGUCCCAAGCCCAAGAAGGUGAAGGAUCCGGAGAAGCGCAGUUUGCUGCAUCCACGUGGUUCGCUGCAGGAUCUCAGCAUUGAUAUUGAUGGCAGCAAAAAGCUUUAGCUAAGCGAUCCCUAUAUGAUGUGCUUCCUAUCAUCACCACCAUCAGCAUUACCCCUGCUUGAUACAUGGAACUAGAACGAUUUUUAAAAGUUAUUUUUUUUCGCCCAUGUGCUUUUUUUUGUUUUCAUUAGCUAAUGUCUACGCUUAUUUACUAAGUACUUAAAAAAGACGUUAUAUGUGAGCCAGAUUCCAGCAAUAAUUAGCGCGUAAGUUUUGUACUAAGCUACCAUUCCAUUAAUGCAACUAACGGAACAAUACGACCAACUACCGAUCCCGACUGGACCUACUACUAACUAAUAAGACAGUAUUAAUUGUAA